ACUUCCUUCAACAGGACUUAACGCUCGUAUAAAUACUCCGCGUGCAGCUCUACCUACCACGCUUUGCUGUCGGCUUCGGAGGGCACACAUCCUUCAUCAGGGAGGAAAUGUACAGCCAAGUUGAACACCCUGCUGGAGGGUACAGGAAGCUCUUUGAGACUGUGGAGGAGCUGUCCUCUCCGGUAACUGCUCACGUCACAGGUAGGAUUCCCACCUGGCUUAAAGGAAGUCUUCUUAGAUGUGGGCCCGGCUUGUUUGAGGUCGGUGCAGAGCCGUUUUAUCAUUUGUUUGAUGGCCAAGCACUCCUUCACAAGUUUGAUUUCAAGGAGGGGCAUGUUACAUAUCAUCGAAGGUUCGUUAGGACCGACGCUUACGUGAGGGCAAUGACCGAGAAGCGAAUUGUGAUAACAGAGUUUGGCACCUAUGCUUAUCCAGAUCCAUGCAAGAAUAUUUUCUCCAGGUUUUUUUCAUACUUCAAAGGUGUGGAAGUCACUGAUAACGCCCUGGUUAAUGUCUACCCCAUUGGUGAAGAUUACUAUGCCUGUACUGAGACCAACUUUAUAACCAGAAUUAACCCAGAGACUUUAGAGACAAUUAAGCAGGUGGAUCUCUGCAAAUAUGUUUCAGUUAAUGGAGCAACUGCUCAUCCCCACGUUGAAAAUGAUGGUACAGUUUAUAACAUUGGCAAUUGCUUUGGAAAAAAUUUUUCACUUGCCUAUAAUAUUAUACGGAUUCCUCCACUUCAGGCAGACAAGGAAGACCCAAUAAACAAGUCUGAGGUGGUUGUGCAGUUUCCUUGCAGUGACAGAUUUAAGCCCUCUUAUGUUCACAGCUUUGGACUGACCCCAAACUACAUAGUGUUUGUUGAAACGCCGGUGAAAAUCAACCUUCUCAAGUUCCUUUCCUCCUGGAGCCUUUGGGGAGCCAACUACAUGGACUGCUUCGAGUCUAAUGAAACCAUGGGGGUCUGGGUUCAUGUGGCAGAGAAAAGAAAAGGAAGGCUCCUCAACAUCAAAUACCGUACUUCUGCCUUUAACCUCUUCCAUCACAUUAACACCUAUGAAGAUAACAGAUUCCUUAUUGUGGAUCUCUGCACCUGGAAAGGAUUCGAGUUUGUUUACAACUACCUCUAUUUAGCCAAUUUACGAGCGAACUGGGAUGAAGUGAAGAGACAGGCAGAAAAAGCCCCGCAGCCGGAGGCCCGCAGAUAUGUGCUGCCCUUGAACUUCGACAAGGCUGACACGGGUAAGAAUUUAGUUACCUUGCCCUACACAACAGCUACAGCAACUCUGCGCAGUGAUGAGACCGUCUGGCUGGAGCCAGAAGUUAUUUUCUCAGGGCCACGCCACGCCUUUGAAUUUCCACAAAUCAAUUAUAAGAAACAUGGCGGGAAACCAUACACCUAUUCAUAUGGCCUUGGACUGAAUCACUUCGUUCCUGACAGGCUUUGUAAACUAAAUGUUAAAACGAGAGAGAGCUGGGUGUGGCAGGAACCAGAUUCGUACCCAUCAGAACCAAUCUUUGUUUCACAUCCUGAUGCCCUGGAGGAAGAUGAUGGGGUUGUGCUCAGCAUAGUCAUCAGCCCUGGUGCGGGGCCGAAGCCUGCCUACCUGCUGAUCCUCAACGCCAAAGACAUGAGCGAAGUUGCCAGGGCCGAAGUGGAGAUAAACAUUCCUGUGACUUUCCAUGGACUUUUCAAAAGAGCGUGA